GGGUGGUGGAGGGUGGAGGGGGAAAAAAUAACGUCGUGCUCGUUUUCCAGCAUCACAUUCCGCUUGUUCUGAACACUCACCUCGUUCAGCACCUCUCUCACCACUCCUGCGCGCGGGCCGAAUCACUACUGUUUCGAACCUUAUUUGUUUGACUUUUCUUUUCUAUCCUCUGGAUAAUCGCUUGGAUAUAUCUGGACUUCAUGACACCCCUCGGACACGCCUGAGGAACGAAGCUGAUAAUGGACCAGAAUCUUCUUGGUGGAGCCCCUAGGUUCCUGACCCGGCCCAAGUCAUUCUCCCUCAGUGUGGGCCGGGAUGCUACUCUCAGUUGUACUGUAGUGGGGACGCCUGUUCCUGUUGUCACCUGGGAAAAAGACAAGCUGCACAUUUCUACUGGAGGGCGCUUCAAAAUUACAGAGGAUGGAACCGUGUAUCGACUCACCAUCUAUGACCUGACACUGGAGGACAGCGGGCAGUACAUGUGUCGAGCCAAAAAUAAUGUUGGCGAAUCUUAUGCAGCUGUGACACUAAAGGUGGGUCUUCCAGCAACAGUGAUUGAUCGGGCGCCGGUGUUCACGGUGAAGCCCAUCUCCACCAGAGUGGGCCUGGGUGGUGAUGUUACCUUCUUCUGUCGCGUGGCAGCUCAUCCCGCUCCCAAAUUUGAUUGGGAGAAGGACGGACGCUAUCUAGGUGAGACCAUUCGCAUCAAGAUCACGUCAGACAGCGAGUCCAGCUCUGUGCAAAUUCAAAGCAUCAGGAAUAUGGACAGUGGCACUUACACCUGUCGGGCUAAGAACUCCAUGGGUCGAGCACAAGCUGCUGCUGCUCUGGUGGUGGACAUGCAGGACACGAGACUUCUCAACACCGACAAAAGCACCUCCCUCUUGUCUCACCUGCAGAAGCGCAAAGAGGAGAUGUGUAAGGAUAUUUCACUUUACCGCACGACUGAGAACUACUCACUGUCCUCUUCAACCUCAUCUAACAUCACGGAGGGGCUUAGCAAGUUGGGCCUUGCCUCCGAUCAGGAGCAGCGAGUCUCAGCUUUGGCUGGCAAAUUGCCCAAAGGCAUCUUCACCCGAACCUGCACUGUGACUGAAGGCAAGCAUGCCAAGCUCAGCUGCUUUGUCACAGGCCACCCCAAACCCCAGAUCAUCUGGAGGAAAGAUGGGAUGAACAUCAGCGAGGGUCGAAGGCACAUUACAUAUGAGGACCAUGCAGAGAACUUCAUCCUCAAAGUUCUUUACUGCAAGCAGAGUGAUAAUGGUCUUUACACCUGCAACGCCUCCAACUUAGCUGGACAAACUUACAGUGCUGUUCUGGUCAUCGUAAAAGAGCCACAAGUGGCAUUUAGGAAGAAGUUGCAGGAUGUGGAGGUGAAGGAGAAGGAAACGGCCAUGUUAUCGUGUGAGGUGCCCAUGCCGAGCACUCAGGCCUCUUGGUUUAUGGAGGAGACUCGCCUGGAGCAGAAUGCAAAGUAUCGCAUGGAGGAAGAGGGAACGCUGCGUUGCCUCACCAUCCACAAUGUCACAACCAACGAUGAUGCUGUUUAUAUCUGCGAGAUGAAGGAAGGGAGUCGCACUGUGGCUGAGCUCACUGUUCUGGGAAACAUCACCAAAAAGUUGCCAAGGAGGACAGUCGUGCCAGUGAGCGAUACAGUGAUCUUCUGUGUGGAGCUUGAGCACCCUGUGGAAGAUGCCUAUUGGACAAGGAAUGGAGAGAAACUGAAGGAGGACUCCAGGAUCAUUAUUGCUCACGUGCACAAACAAUAUACACUCACCAUUCGUGAAUGCACUGCUGAAGACUCGGGUGAGGUGGCGUUCAUUGCCGGCGACUGCAAAACCUCUACACGAUUCUCAGUUACAGCACCGAGGAAGCAUCCUCCGGAUACCCCAGUGAAACCAAUUGUGCUGAACAAGACGGACAACUCCAUUACACUGAGUUGGUCUCGGCCAGAUAGUGAGCGUCCUGUACCCAUAAAUGGCUAUGUGGUGGAGAGGAGGAGGGUGGGUGCUCAGACCUGGGUUCGAGUCACAGGCAUGGAGCUUGUAGACACAAACCAAUACACCAUCAAUAACAUCACAGAGGAGAGCAGUUACCAGUUCCGCAUUUCAGCCAUGAAUGAUUUUGGCCAGAGUGCCUAUCUGGAGUUCCCCGGAACAUAUUAUCUUGAGCCAACUGCCUCGGUGGUGUCAGGUCUGCAGAGCUGCACUGCUGUCUCUGGUGGGGAGGCCACUUUUAGCGUGGAGCUCUCUGCCACAUGCUCCGGAAGCUGGAUGCUAAAUGGCCGACUGAUUCGCAGUGGUGCAGACUACCUCAUAACUCGUUCAAAGACCACGCACACACUUGUGAUCAGGGAGGUGAACAUAUCACUGGAUGAAGCUCAGGUCAAAUUCACGGGGGGAGGAUCCGAAAGCAUCUGCACACUUAGUGUAAAAACAGCUCCAGCACGUUUCACCAAGAAAUAUUCUGAAGUGGAGAUCUUCAGGUUCAGUGCUCACUCCUCUGCCCAGCUAUACACAGAGGUGUCAGAUGCCAGUGUUCAGGUUGUCUGGAUGAAAAAUGGUAAAGAAUUAAGGAUGGGCAAAAAGUAUGAGGCUUCCAAUGUGGGAUGUAAACGCACACUGACGAUUCAUAAUGUAACUCAUGAGGAUGCAGGGAUUUAUGAGUGUGUGUGUGAUGGUGAUAAGAUGUCCAUCCAGCUUGCCAUUAAAGAAGAAGCAGCAAAGUUUGUGAACAAGCCCAAGACUCAACCCCUGGAGGUUUCUCCUUCGAUGGUUGAUGUGGAACUGAGUUGUGAGGUGGAGUCGCCUACAACUACUGUUGUAUGGAAGAAGGAGCAUAAAGAAAUAGCGGAGGACAACAGAGUGACCUUCGUGUCCCAGGGGACACAGAGAAAGCUGGUUAUCAAAGGAGCCAAGCAGAGCGAUGAAGGACACUAUUCAUGUGAGACAGUGGAGGACAAGGUCACAUUCAGGGUCAAAAUACAAGAAACUCAGGCCACUUUCAUCAACAAGGACACCUAUCAGAAGGAGGUGAAAGUUUCUGUCUCUCAGAAAGCCACACUGAGCUGUGAGGUGUCUGACUCCAAAACUGAAGUGAAAUGGUAUAAAGACGGCAAACAGCUGAUCUCCAGUAGGACUGUCCAUAUGGAGACAAAAGGCAAAAUCCGUCAACUGGUGUUGGACAGUGUGGAGAAGAAGGAUGCAGGAGAGUACAUCUGUGAAGUUGGAAAUGAGAAGCUGGUCUUCAAGAUUCAUGUGACAGCUGCUGCUGUAGAAACUCAAGCUCUAGCAACCUUUGUGAACAAGGACACCUAUCAGAAGGAGGUGAAAGUUUCUGUCUCUCAGAAAGCCACAUUGAGCUGUGAGGUGUCUGACUCCAAAACUGAAGUAAAAUGGUAUAAAGACGGCAAACAGCUGAUCUCCAGUAGGACUGUUCACAUGGAGACAAAAGGCAAAAUCCGUCAACUGGUGUUGGACAGUGUGGAGAAGAAGGAUGCAGGAGAGUACAUCUGUGAAGUUGGAAAUGAGAAGUUGGUCUUCAAGAUUCAUGUGAUAGCUGCUGCUGUAGAAACACAAGCUCUAGCAACCUUUGUGAACAAGGACACCUAUCAGAAGGAGGUGAAAGUUGUUGUCUCUCAGAAAGCCACACUGAGCUGUGAAGUGUCUGACUCCAAAACUGAAGUGAAAUGGUAUAAAGAUGGCAAACAACUGAUCUCCAGUAAGACCAUCCAUAUGGAGACAAAAGGCAAAAUCCGUCAACUGGUGUUAGAGAGUGUGGAGAAGAACGAUGCAGGAGAAUACAUCUGUGAAGUUGGUAACGAGAAGCUGCCGUUUAAGAUUCUGGUGACAGAGCCUCAGGCCACUUUCAUCAACAAGGACACCUAUCAAAAGGAGGUGAAAGUUUCUGUCUCUCAGAAAGCCACACUGAGCUGUGAGGUGUCUGACUCCAAAACUGAAGUGAAAUGGUAUAAAGACGGCAAAAAAAUGAUCUCCAGUAGGACUGUCCAUAUGGAGACAAAAGGCAAAAUCCGUCAACUGGUGUUGGACAGUGUGGAGAAGAAGGAUGCAGGAGAGUACAUCUGUGAAGUUGGAAAUGAGAAGCUGAUCUUCAAGAUUCAUGUGACAGAAACUCAAGCUCUUGCAACCUUUGUGAACAAGGACACCUAUCAGAAGGAGGUGAAAGUUUCUGUCUCUCAGAAAGCCACACUGAGCUGUGAGGUGUCUGACUCCAAAACUGAAGUGAAAUGGUAUAAAGACGGCAAACAACUGAUCUCCAGUAGGACUGUCCAUAUGGAGACAAAAGGCAAAAUCCGUCAACUGGUGUUGGACAGUGUGGAGAAGAAAGAUUCAGGAGAGUACAUCUGUGAAGUUGGAAAUGAGAAGCUGAUCUUCAAGAUUCAUGUGACAGAAACUCAAGCUCUUGCAACCUUUGUGAACAAGGACACCUAUAAAAAGGAGGUAAAAGUUUCUGUCUCUCAGAAAGCCACACUGAGCUGUGAGGUGUCUGACUCCAAAACUGAAGUGAAAUGGUAUAAAGAUGGCAAACAGCUGAUCUCCAGUAGGACUGUCCAUAUGGAGACAAAAGGCAAAAUCCGUCAACUGGUGUUGGACAGUGUGGAGAAGAAGGAUGCAGGAGAGUACAUCUGUGAAGUUGGAAAUGAGAAGCUGAUCUUCAAGAUUCAUGUGACAGAAACUCAAGCUCUAGCAACCUUUGUGAACAAGGACACCUAUCAGAAGGAGGUGAAAGUUUCUGUCUCUCAGACAGCCACACUGAGCUGUGAAGUGUCUGACUCCAAAACUGAAGUGAAAUGGUAUAAAGAUGGCAAACAGCUGAUCUCCAGUAAAACACUCCACACAGAGGUGAAGGGCAAAAUCCGUCAACUGGUGUUGGACAGUGUUGAGAAGAAAGAUGCAGGAGAGUACAUCUGUGAAGUUGGAAAUGAGAAGCUGGUCUUUAAGAUUCAGGUAGCAGAACUUCAAGACACUUUCAUCAAUAAGGACACCUAUCAGAAGGAGGUGAAGGUUUCUGUCUCUCAGAAAGCCUCACUGAGCUGUGAAGUGUCUGACUCCAAAACUGAAGUGAAAUGGUAUAAAGAUGGCAAACAGCUGAUCUCCAGUAAGACCGUACACACAGAGGCAAAGGGCAAAAUCUGUCAACUGGUGUUGGACAGUGUUGAAAAAAAAGAUGCAGGAGAGUACAUCUGUGAAGUUGGAAAAGAGAAGCAGGUCUUUAAAAUUCAGGUGACAGAACCUCAAGCUUUGUUUGCCAACAAGGACACCUAUAAGAAGGAGGUGAAGGUUUCUGUCUCUCAGAAAGCCACACUGAGCUGUGAAGUGUCUGACUCCAAAACUGAAGUAAAAUGGUAUAAAGACGGCAAACAGCUGAUCUCCAGUCAGACUGUUCACAUGGAGGCAAAGGGCAAAAUCCGUCAACUGGUGUUGGACAGUGUGGAAGCAAAAGAUGCAGGAGAAUACACCUGUGAAGUUGGAAAUGAGAAGCUGGUCUUUAUAAUUCAGGUGGCAGAACCUCAGGCCACUUUCAUCAACAAGGACACCUAUCAGAAGGAGGUGAAAGUUUCUGCUUCACAAAAAGCCACACUUAGCUGUGAAGUGUCUGAUUCCAAAACAGAGGUGAAAUGGUAUAAAGACAGCAAACAACUCAUCUCCAGUAGGACUGUCCAUAUAGAGACGAAGGGCAAAAUGCGUCAGUUGGUGUUGGACAGUGUGGAGAAAAAAGAUGCAGGAGAGUACAUCUGUGAAGUUGGAAAUGAGAAGCUGGUCUUUAAGAUUCAGGUGGCAGAACCUCAGGCCACUUUCAUCAACAUAGACACCUAUCAGAAGGAGGUGAAAGUUUCUGCUUCUCAGAAAGCCACAUUGAGCUGUGAAGUGUCUGACGCCAAAACAGAGGUGAAAUGGUAUAAAGACGGCAAACAACUGACCUCCAGUAGGACUGUCCACACAGAGACAAAGGGCAAAAUCCGUCAGUUGGUGUUGGACAGUGUGGAGAAAAAAGAUGCAGGAGAAUACAUCUGUGAAGUUGGAAAUGAGAAGCUGGUCUUUAAGAUUCGGGUGGCAGAACCUCAGGCCACUUUCAUCAACAUAGACACCUAUCAGAAGGAGGUGAAAGUUUCUGCUUCUCAGAAAGCCACAUUGAGCUGUGAAGUGUCUGACGCCAAAACAGAGGUGAAAUGGUAUAAAGACGGCAAACAACUGACCUCCAGUAGGACUGUCCACACAGAGACAAAGGGCAAAAUCCGUCAGUUGGUGUUGGACAGUGUGGAGAAAAAAGAUGCAGGAGAAUACAUCUGUGAAGUUGGAAAUGAGAAGCUGGUCUUUAAGAUUCGGGUGGCAGAACCUCAGGCCACUUUCAUCAACAUAGACACCUAUCAGAAGGAGGUGAAAGUUUCUGCUUCUCAGAAAGCCACAUUGAGCUGUGAAGUGUCUGACGCCAAAACAGAGGUGAAAUGGUAUAAAGAUGGCAGACAACUGGUCUCCAGUAGGACUGUCCACACAGAGACGAAGGGCAAAAUCCGUCAGUUGGUGUUGGACACUGUAGAGAAGAAGGACGCAGGAGAGUACACCUGUCAAGUUGGAAAUGAGAAGCUGGUCUUUAAAAUUCAAGUGACAGAACCUCAAGCCAUGUUUGUCAAUAAAGACACCUACCAGAAGGAGGUGAAUGUUUCUGCAUCUCAGAAAGCCACACUUAGUUGUGAAGUGUCUGAUGACAAAACUGAAGUGAAAUGGUAUAAAGAUGGCAAACAGCUAAUCUCCAGUAAGACUGUCCACAUAGAGGCAAAGGGCAAAGUCCGGCAACUGGUAUUAGACAGCGUGGAGAAGAGGGAUGCAGGAGAGUACAUUUGUAAAGUUGAAAAUGAGAAGCUGGACUUUAAGAUUCAAGUGUCAGACAUCUCAGCUAAAUUUCAAAAGAAAUCCAGUGUGAAGGAAACUAUAGCUGUGCAAGAAACUGAGAACAUCACCCUGUCCACUAUGGUAACAACAGAACAUGCUAAUGUCAAUUGGUUCAGGGAUGGAGUAGAGCUAAAAGAGGGAAAUAAGUAUGAAAUGAAGAGAGAAGGUUUGUCUCGUGUCCUUAUCAUUAAGUCUUCUGAAGCAAAGGACAGAGGCACCUACACGUGUCAGACAACUGAGGACAAGAUGGAAUUCCAGGUUCAGAUAAAAGAGUCUCCACUAAAGUUUGUGGUUGGCUUGGAGUCAGUAUCUGUUGUCCUGGGCAGCACCAAGACUCUGUCUUGCCAGCUAAACAGAGCUGCAGGAGAUGUCCUUUGGAGACACAAUGGCAAAGAAAUUAAGCCUGGAGGCAGAUAUGUCAUCCGUGCUGAUGGAGCUCAACGUUUACUGACCGUUUCCUCAGUAGCCCAGGAAGAUGAAGGAGAGUACACUUGCGAAUGCAGAGAUGACAAGACUACUGCUAAAAUUACCACUAAAGCUCCACGUUUGGUGAAGUUUGUGUCGAAGUUGAACAAUGUCGUGGCAAAUGAGGGCAAGGAUGCUAUCUUUAAAUGUUCCAUCACUCCUGCGGACGUGAGUGUGAGAUGGCUGUUUAAUGACGUACCUGUCACCACUGGUCCCAAAUUCAAGAUUGCACAUGGAGGCACAAGCCAUUCACUUACAAUCACUGCGGCCACACUCGAUGAUGUGGGUGAAAUCAGUGUGGAUGCUGAAGGGAAAGUGUGUAAAGCAACUCUGCAAGUGCAAAAGCUCCCUGUUUUGUUCAUUAAGAAGCUUGAGAACAAAACAGUCCAAGAGCAGGACAAUGUGGAGCUUCAUGUGGAACUGAGUAGGCUAUCCACUGAAGUGAAAUGGAUGAAGAAUGGUGUUGUGAUGCAGCCUGAAGGUAAUGUGCAGAUUCAAGUUGAUGGAGUUAAACAGACUCUGAUCUUCAAGAGUGUAACCUGCGCUGACCGAGGCCUUUACUCUUGUGAGACUCUGGAUGACAAGACUCAAGCCAAACUGACUGUAGAAAAGAAGAAGAUCCAGAUUAUUAAGGGCUUGAAAGAAAUGAAAGUGCAUGAACAGGAGACAGUAACAAUGGAGGUGGAACUCAGCCAACCUGAUGUGGAGGCUUUCUGGACCAAAGAUGGCCAAAAACUCAGAGUAAAUCCCAAAAUCCUUAUUACAACUCUGGGUAAUAAACAUUCCUUGACCAUGUCCCAGCUGAAGAUGGAAGACAGUGGGAUGAUCUCUUUCCAGGCAGAAGGUGUCCACACCUCAGCAAAACUCAUUGUCACAGAACCUCCUGCAACGUUCCUAAGACCAUUAGAAGAUGUGACGACUUCAGAAAAGGAAAAAGCCACCUUUGAGUGUGAAGUGUCCAGAGUAAAUGCUGAUGUAAAGUGGUUUAAGAAUGAUGAAGAACUGAAACCAGGAAAGAGAUACAUGAUGCAUUCCCAAGGUCGGAAGCGUAGCCUCCUCAUCCAGAAGUGCACUUAUGAGGACCAAGGCUUAUACAUCUGUAAAACAACUGAUGACAACACAUCGGCCAAGCUGACCGUUAAUGCCCGUGACAUUAAGAUUAUUAAGCAGCUGCAGGAUUUGGAAGUGACUGAGAAAGAGAGUGCAGCAUUUGUCUGUGAGGUGUCACAUGAUGAAGUUGAGGUUCAGUGGUUUAAAGGUGAUGUAAAACUCAAAGCUGGGGACAACAUUAAGAUGAGACAAGAAGGCAGAAGAUAUUUUCUGUUCUUCAAGUCUGUGAAACCUGAAGAUGCAGAUGAAAUCAAAUUUGUGGCUGAAAAGGCAUUAUCAGUUGCUAAGCUCACAGUUAAAGAACUGCCUGUGAGGUUUGUAAAGAAACUCCGCGACAAAAUUGCCAUGUACAAACACCGGGGAUUUUUGGAGUGUCAGGUGUCUCGAACCAGUGCCACUGUCACAUGGUAUAAGAACAAGGAGAAGAUCAAAGCGAGUGCAAAGUAUGAGAUUUCCAGCGAGGAUGUUUAUCGCAAGCUCACCAUCAACGAUGUGGACUCUGGGGAUGAAGCCACAUACAUGUGUGAUGCUGGUGAUGAGCAGACAUCAUGCAAGCUACUUGUGGAAGAACAGGCCAUCAGUAUCGUCAAAGAGCUUAGCGCAGUGGAAGUGACUGAGCCAUUUGCAGCUCACUUCGAGGUGGAAAUCAGCGUGGAAACCGUCAAGCCUGUGAAAUGGGCCCUAAAUGGAGAAAUUCUGAGCGAGAGCAGCGAUAUUGAGAUAGAGAAAGAAGGCACCAUGCAUCACCUUACAUUUAAAAAGACCAAGGCUUCGAUGUCAGGAACUGUGCAGUUCACAGCUGGAAAGAGCAAAUCGACAGCUCGGCUUACAGUGAAAGAGCGUCCCAUCGAGGUGGUUGAACCACUCAAAAAUGUGACUGGCCAAGAAAAGGCCUCAGCCACACUGUCAUGUAGACUAUCAGCUGUUCCUAAAGAAGUGUUCUGGUUUAAGGGUCAAACUGCUCUGGAAGCAUCCAGCAAAUAUGUUAUGAAACAAACUGGUGCUGAAGUGCAUCUGGUCAUCAAGGCACUGAGUCCAGAUGAUGCUGGCGAGUACCGCUGUCAAACCGAGACUUGUGAGACCAAAGCUACACUCACAGUUGAAGUGCGUAAAGUCCAGAUCACCAAACACUUGACGGACGUGGAGGUUGAUGAAGAUGGUGAUGCUGUGUUUACUUGUGAGGUGAAUUAUGCUGAUGAGGAAGCUGAGUGGUUCCUCAAUGACAAGCCGCUGUUUAGCAAUGAAGUUAAUGUUAUCCAGCAUGUUAAUAAGGUACACAGCAUCACCCUUAAGAACCUGGCACCUCAAGAUGGUGGGAAAAUCACCUUUAAGAUCAGGGAAGAGAAGCAGACUGUCUGCCUGAAUGUAAAAGAAAAGAAAGGCGUCUUCCUUAAGUUGUUAGACGAUGUUAUUGGAGAAGAAAAGGGCACUGUAACUCUUAAAUGUGAAGCCUCAAAACCAACCGUGUCCCCAGUUUGGAGGAAGGAUGGUAUGGUCCUUUGUGCAGACAACAAGCAUGAACUGCUGCAUGAUGGUAGGAUCCUGGGUCUAACAAUCCGGGACAUCACACAGGCGGAUGCCGGAGAGUACAGCUGUGACAUUGGUACAGAUAUUACAAAGUCAAAAGUCAAAAUUAGAGACAUCAGCAUUGGCAUCACAAAACGCUUGAAGUCUGUGGAGGCUAAAGCAGGUGAGACCUGCUUGUUCGAAUGCAUCCUCUCUCGAGAAAGCUCAGAAGCAUGUUCAUGGAGCCUGCAAGGAAAACCUGUAACUAGUGGAGGGCGUUUCCAAAUUAGCAGCAAAGGCCGAAAACACACACUUAGCAUUAAAGGAGUGACUGGGUCUGACUCAGGGGAGGUCGUUUUCACACUCAAGCACUUGAGCUCGAGCGCAACAUUGUCUGUGGAAGGUGAAAUUAUUACCUUCUCUAAAGAACUACAGGGCGUUAGCAUUGCACUUGGAGAAGAUGCUAUAUUCCUCUGUGAGCUCAGUCAGGCUGCCUUGAAUGUUGUUUGGUGUAAGAAUGGAAAGCCAAUCCAGAAGAGCCAAAAGUAUGAGACUGUUCAGGAAAAUAAGGUUGUGAAGCUGAUUGUUCACAAUGUUACUGCUAAAGAUUGUGGAGAAUACAGCUGUGAGGUGACCGGUGGUCCAACCUCAAAAGCUCAACUACAAAUCAAAGAGCCCGUCAACAAGUUCAUCCGUAAGCUAGAAGAUAUCACAGCACAUGAAAAAGGUGCCAUCAGUUUUGAAUGUGAAACUGCCCAUCCAGCUUCCAAAGUUACUUGGCUGAAAGGUGUGAAAGAGAUCAAAGCAGGAAGAAAGUAUGAAAUGACCCAAAAGGAAAGAAUCCUCAUUCUCACAGUGAAAGAUUUGGAGAAGGCUGACAGUGAUGCAUACUCGUGUAGCAUAGACACUGCCAAAACCACUGCCAAGCUAAAUGUCCAAGUUCUCCCAGCUAUUUUCACUCAUGAGUUGAAGAACCAAGAGGCUUUAGAGAAGGAAAGUGUCACCUGGUGCUGUGAGCUGUCCAAACCAGAUAUAAUAGUUCAGUGGCGUAAAGGGGAAGUAGACCUUUGUCCUUGUGCCAAGUAUGAAUUCCGGCAAGAUGGUCACCUUCUCCAGUUGAUUAUACAUGAUGUUGACCUUGAAGACUCUGGAGACUACACCUGUGACAGUGGAGAUAAAAAAACAACAGCACACCUAGAAGUAAAGGCACUACCUAUAUUGUUUAAAAACCCUCUGAAUAAACUGGAAGCUGGAGCUGGGGAAACUGCCAUAUUCCGAUGUGAGCUUACCAAACCUGGAGCACCAGUAGUGUGGAGAAAAGAUCAAAAGAUUCUACAGUCCAGCAACAAACACCAGUUAAGGCAAGAUGGUGCAGUGGUUGAGCUAGUCAUCUAUACUCUACAGGAAGCAGACUCAGGAGAGUAUUCCUGUGAUUCUGGGUAUGAAAUGACUUCUGCCCAACUCACGGUAAAGGAACUUGACAUUACUAUUGAAACCGGGCUGAGGAGCUGCAUCGUUAACGAAGGAGACGAUGUGGUCUUUGAGUGCUUUGUAUCUCAUGACGGUGCCCAGAAUGUGAGCUGGGAGCUUCAGGGUGUUCCUCUCCAGAGCAAUGAGAUGAAUGUAAUCCAAGUGGAAGGCAAAAAGCAUUCACUUACUCUAAGGAGUGUGACCGAGAAAGACUCGGGCACUGUGUCUUUCCAUGUGGGGAGCCACACUUCGUUUGCUUGUCUCACAGUUAAAGCUGUCACUGUGGUACAAUUUACUAAAGACUUGACGCCCCAGGAAGCUGUAGAAGGAGAUAAAGCUGUAUUGUCCUGUGAAACGUCAACUCCCGAUGCCCUUGUUACCUGGAAGAAAGGCAGAAAAGUCAUUUCUGAAGAAGACAAAUAUUCCAUCCAGAGGAAUGGUACAAUCCAGACUCUGGAGAUCCACAAGCUAACAGUAGACGAUGCUGGAGAGUACGUGUGUGAAGUCGGAGACAAACAAAGUAAAGCCACUUUGAGUGUCAAAGAACGUGUACGAAUUACAAAAGAACUUAAAGACGUCACAGUGAUGACUGGCGAAGAUGCUGCGUUCCACUGUGAGGUUUCGCAGACAGGAGUAACUAAUGGCGAAUGGUGGCUAGGCUCCAAUCACCUACAAAACAAUGACUUGAAUCAGAUCAGCAGCCGAGGGAGGGAACACAGCCUAGUAUUAAAAAUGGUCACACCUGAUGAUUCAGGCGAUGUGGCUUUUGUGGUUGGCUGUGAGAGGACUGUUGCUUCCUUGGUGGUAAAGGAGAAACCAAAAGAACCCCCAGCUUUCUUUCUCAAAGAACUGGAGAAUGUAGAUGCUGUAGAGGGUGACAUGGUUACACUCCGUUGUGAACUAUCUAAGCCUGGGGUCAAUGUAGAGUGGCGUAAAGGAGGAUUGGUCCUGCAACCCAGUAAGAAGUUUCAGCUGAAGCAAGAGGGAUGUGUACAAGAGCUAAACAUACAGGACCUGAAAGUGGAGGACAGUGGCUAUUACACUUGUGAUGCUGGAAAUCAGUUAACAACAGCAUCGGUUUCAGUACAAGAGGCUGAGGUGCUCAUAGUGUCUGGUAUAAAAAGCACUGAUGUUUUUGCGGGAGAGCAGGCAGUAUUCACAUGCCAACUGUCUCGCCGUGCCAAAGGGAGAGUCCAGUGGUGGUUAGAUGGCACCCGUUUGGAGAACAGUCCCUUCAGUGUCAUUGGGGUGGGUGAAGACAAUAUUCACACCCUCACCCUAAAGAACCUGGCACCAAAUGACUCGGGCACCGUCCUAUUCAAAACAGGAAGCUUGACAUCCUCGGCUAGGCUGUUAGUUAAAGAUCCUACUGUGGAGGUAGUCAGUGCCAUGGAGGAUAUCCAAAUAGCAGAGAACCAGCCUGCAGAGUUCAUCUGCCAGUUCUCACGCCCAGUCAGGGCCAUAUGGAAGCGAAACGGGCAACCAGUGCAACCUGAUGGCCUCAGGCUUAUAGUGGAACAAGACUGGACUGUAGCACGAUUGUACAUUAGCCAAGUAAUCGCACAGGAUGUGGGUGUAUACUCCUGCGAGGCAGAGGGGACCUGUGUUGAGGCACACCUAAGGUUGCAAGCUAAACCCAUUGAGAUUAUUCAAGGUCUGGAAAAUGUGGAGACCAUUGAAGGUGGGGAAGCUCUUUUUGAGUGCUCCCUAUCUGUCCCAGAGUCUAAAGACUGCCAAUGGUUGGUUGAUGGAAAACCUGUGAAGGAGUCUUCAAAAGUGGAAAUUGUUUGUUUCGAAAGUGGCCGUCGCCAUCUUUUGCUGCUGAAGGACUUAAGAGCUGGUGAUAACUGUACAGUAACCUUUCAGGCUGGCUCUGCCUCAUCCUCUGCUCUUCUUUCAGUCAAAGGGUGGCAACUGGAAGUGGUGAAACCCUUGGAGGACAAGACUGCUGUUGUUGGUGAGCAGAUAGAGUUCACUUGUGUCCUGAACGAGCCGGUACCAGAGAAAGAUGUAAAUUGGUAUGCUAAUGGUGCUGAACUUCGGGCAGAUGACUUUUGGGCAAUGAAGAAUAAUGGAUGUGCGUGCACCUUAAUUCUGAAAAAAGCACAAGUUCUGACACCUCUAGAGAUCACAUUUGCUGCUCAAGAUGCCAUUUCAGUGGCCAAGCUAACUACUAUUGCUGUACCUGACCCCCCUGAGGAUCCUGAGCUGGUCACUAAGGGACCAACAUCAGUGACUCUGUCCUGGUUCACGCCUCUCAGUGAUGGUGGAAGUCCGAUUCUGGGAUACCGUGUGGAGAUGCGGCAAGUGGAUAGUGCUCUCUGGCAGCCCUGCCAUGCAGAAGCAGUGUGCAAUACUGAGUUUACGGUGGAAAACCUUAUACCUGGAAUUGGGUACAGGUUCCGGGUGGCAGCAAUUAACAGUGCUGGUAUUGGUGACACUGUCCAGCUUCCUCAAACUGUUACCCUGGAGGCACCAGUGACCAUUGCCAAGAGGUUAAAUGCCUCUGAACUUCGAAAGGGUAAGAUUGCACGUCUGGAGUGUGAACUUACAUCUGAAAACAAGCAAGUCCUCUGGCAAAAAGACUAUCGGGAGAUUGAGAUGGGAGCAAAAUACCAGAUGUUAACAGAGGGCAAAUCCCAAAUUUUGCUCAUUAAGGAUUUGCAGCCUGCUGACCAGGGGGUAUAUACAUGUGUGGCCUCAGAAGAUGCAAAAACCUCAAUGAACCUUGAGUUGGAAGAAGACAGUACUGUGUUGCCCCAGCCUGAGGAAGGUGGCCAGCCUGGUUUGCCCCCUGAGGCUGCCUCUGAGGGAGAUCUGCAUGUUUUAUGGGAUGCUCUAGCCAAGAAGCGAAGGAUGAGCAGGGAACCCACACUGGACUCCAUAUCUGAGCUGCCAGAAGAAGAUGGCAAAGAGAAGACACAAGCUCAGCAGAGUAAAGGCGUGGACCAAGAGCAGACAAAAAAGAAAGAGAAGCCCACUGAAAUCAAAUCAGAACUAAAUCUAUAUACCAGUUCUGAAGAGGAGUCAAUUAGUGGAACUUCAAGUCUGGUGUCUUACCUUAAAAAGAGCAGCAAAUCUGCUGUGACUGUCAUAAGUGAAAGUGAAACCAGUGCAUCCCAAAAGCUUUAUGAACAUUUUCAAAUGACUGAGAAAUCAGUGGCACAGACCACAGCAGCACCACCAUUUGAGAUCACUAAGGAUGAUGACAAGGAUGAACUGCAGGAGGCAGCCAUCAAAAUUCAAGCAGCCUUCAAAGGGUACAAAGCCAGAAAGGAUAUGCGACCUGCCUUCAAAGAAGUCUUUAAGGACCAGAACAAAGAACCAAAUAUGACAAUUCAUCUUGAGUGUAUUGCCGACGGCAAGCCAGACAAAGUUCGCUGGCUAAAGGAUGGUAAAGCGUUGAUUGAUGGCAAACAUCACCACAUUGACAUAUACAAUGAUGGGACUUGCUCACUAAUUGUGCCAGCUGCUACAACUAAUGAUACUGGGGUAUACACUUGUGAGGUAACAAAUAAGUUUGGCAUUGCAUCACACAGUGGAAAAGUCACUGUUGGCUCUGGGCGAGAGUCAUCUGGACGUCGCCCACUGACUCUCGGUUAUAGUGCAGACAGCGAACCUGAGAGCUCUGGCAGCGAGAUGGAUGAGUCUUUACGACAAGCAAGCAGGAGGCUCCAGAAGUUGCUUCGUACACGUCUUCCACCAAACGUAGAGGAGGAACCUUUCAUUAGUGCCGAUGAGGGUGACCUGCAGCCACCAGAUCCACAUUCGUAUCGUGAAGAUGAUAGUUACAUCUACAUUCGCUUUGACACACGCAGUGAAGCUCAGGUUGCAUCCCAAAGAUUCCAGGAAAUGUUUACACAUCAAGGUGUGCCCAUAGACACCACUAUUAUUGAAACUGGAACCAAGAUAGAACUUCGCAUCAAGAAGAUGGGAUUCAGCCAAGAUGGUUCCCAAACUCCAACUACAGAAAAGCCAUUUUUCAUGUCAGGACCACCUGCAGCCCCAGUCUUUCUUACACAGCUUCAAAACCAGGAAGUCCCAGACGGAUACCCGGUCAGCUUUGACUGUGUGAUUAUCGGCAAACCUUCUCCCAGCGUACGGUGGUUUAAAGAUGGGAAAGUGCUACAAGAAGAUGACCAUUAUAUGAUCAAUGAAGACCAGGAGGGCUGCCAUCAAUUGAUCAUUACAACUGUACAACCAUCUGACAUGGGCGUUUACCGCUGUGUGGCUGAAAAUGACAGUGGGAUUGCUUCCAGCAUAGCAGAGCUUAGGGUAGAACUGUCCUGCAGCUCUGAUUACGAUACAGCAGCUGAUGCCACAGAAACCUCUUCAUAUAUUAGUGCUAAAGAUUAUGUCUCGAGUUCUGAGCACAGAGACACAGAAGCAUUUGAAUCAGUGGUGGAGGACGAGCAGCUUCCACAAGUGGUGGAUGAGUUACAUGACCUCUGUCUUAGUCCUGGAGCACCCAUUGCAAAGAUGAGCAUCAGAGUCAAAGGAUUCCCCAAACCUACGGUUUACUGGUUCAAGGACGGUGUGGCGUUAUCACCUACAGACAGGAUUUUACUGUUAACAGAAAGAGACGUAUACAGUCUGGAGAUUGUGGAGGUGAAGUCUGAAGAUAGUGGCGAGUAUUCUGCAUACAUCAGCAAUGCAGCUGGCGCUGCCUACUCUUCUGCACGCUUGGUAGUGCUUGGUCCAGGUAAUCGCAUACCUGAAACUCUAAAGACUAAAGACUCCAAAGAACCCUUGGUACCACCACGUUUUCUGGAGAAGUUCUGCAACCGGACAGUGAAACAAGGAGCAAGCAUCACACUCUCUGUCAAAGUAGAAGGCUCUCCAACACCAUCUGUGAACUGGCUGAAAGAAGAGGCAAUGAAGGAUGUUUUGUGGAUCAAAGCAGACACACCGGGAUACAAGAUUGCCAGCUCUGGCUUUCAGCACAGCCUAAUCCUGAUGGAUGUAGGGAAGGAGCAUGGCGGCACCUAUACCUGCAUCGCAAGCAACCGUGCCGGCCAGUCUGUAAACACUGCUCGUCUGGAUGUGGACCAAGGUUUGACCACUGUCCCAGCAGGACAGCAAAUCACCAUCACACCAGAGAUUUGUGGGAUUAGAAUUAGCCCCCCAGAGGAAGAAGGCAAAGGAGAGUCUAAACUAUCUUACCUGGCUGGAGUCGAUAGUGAAUUCUUACAGAAGCUCACGACCCAAAUCACUGAGAUGGUCUCAGCCAAGAUCACACAAGACAGCUUACAGAACCAUCAAGUGCUCCAGUGGAUGAAAACAUGGCCCAGAGUGACCACCUCAUUACGCGUGCCGGGUGCUGACAGUGAUGAUGAGAGUAAGACUCCGUCUCCGUCUCCCUACCACGGCCGCUCACGUCCUGCUUCGCUGAUUGCUGAUUCUUCCUCAGAAUCUGAUGAGGGUGAUGCCCGAGGAGAGAUGUUUGACAUCUAUGUAGCAACGGCAGAUUAUAACCCAAUGGGACUGAGUAAAGAGAACAUUGCUCUAAAGGAGGGGCAGUAUGUGGAGGUCCUGGACUCGGCUCAUCCGCUCAAAUGGCUUGUCCGCACGAAACCCAACAAAACCACACCCUCACGUCAAGGCUGGGUCUCUCCAGCAUACCUCGACAAGAAGCUAAAGAUCUCUCCAGAUACAGGUGAAGUCCCAGAGAGCACAGGAGAGGAGGUUUCUGAGGGAGAGUACAAAAAGAAGCUCUGCCAACUCAUUCAGGAGCUCAUAAGCAGUGAGAAGGAGUUCAUAAAGGAAAUGGACUUUGUUACAUCGCACCAUCUAAAGCACAUUGAGGAGGAGAGCACACCACCUGAAAUCCGCAGCCACAAAGACAGCAUCUUCCGCAACAUUAGUGACAUCUCUUCGUUCCACAGCUCUUUUCUCCCUGGGCUGCAAAAUUGUGACACUGAUGAUGACAUAGCCAUGAGCUUCCUAAAAAACACAGAAGGAUUUGAGAACUAUUUGCAAUACUUAGUAGGUCAGGCAAAGGCCCAGGCUACCAUUAGUGUAAAAGAUGUUCAUCAAUAUUUCAAGAAAUACACAGAUUCAGAGUUGGCAAAUGUGGACCCUGCAGAAGGUCCAGUACUGAGUGUGAACAGUUAUCUUCAAAAACCACUAGAUAGAAUCCAUAAAUACAAGGACCUCUUAAAGGAGAUGAUCAAAAACAAGGCGAGAAAUGGACAGAACUGCUGUAUUUUAGAAGAGGCCUAUGCCAUGGUUUCUGCACUUCCCACACGUUCUGAAAACACCCGUCACGUCUCCCUCAUUGAGAACUACCCUGCUAAUCUGGAAGCUUUAGGAGAGCCCAUAAGACAGGGUCCAUUCAUAGUGUGGGAGGGUGCUCCAGGAAUCAGAUCCUCUUCAAGAGGCCAUCACCGCCAUGUCUUUCUCUUCAAAAACUACGUCAUCAUCUGCAAACAGAAGCGAGACGCAAACUCAGAUGUCCAAACCUACACAUUCAAGAAUAUGAUGAAGCUCACCAACAUUGACGUGAAUGAAACUGUGGAGGGAGAUGAGAGGGCGUUUGAGAUUUGGCAUGAGCGUGAGGACUCUGUGAGGAAGUACACACUGCAAGCACGCACAGUCAUUCUGAAGAACUCCUGGAUCCGUGAACUCCGCAACCUCCAACAACGCUACAGCAUGCCAGCAUGGAGUAAGUCCACCGAUUUUGAAGCAGUGUUGACUGACUGCACAGCUGAAUUGGGACAGACAGUUAAACUGGCUUGCAAAGUCACUGGAUCUCCAAAACCCGUAGUAGCUUGGUUUAAAGAUGGCCGAGCGGUGGAGAUCGACCCUCACCACAUCAUUAUUGAGGACCCUGACGGUUCUUGCACCCUUAUCCUAGAUAAUAUGACUGCUGACGAUUCUGGCCAGUACAUGUGCUUUGCUACAAGUGCUGCAGGAAACGCCAGCACUCUGGGCAAGAUUAUAGUACAGGUGCCGCCACGUUUUGUCCACAAGUUGAGAAACGCUGUGCACAUUGCAGGAGAGGAUGCUCAGUUCACAUGUACAAUACUAAGUGCUCCAAAUCCAAAAAUAAGGUGGUUUAAAGAUGGCAGACUGCUCACAGACCAGGAAAAGUAUCAGACGUACAGUGAGCCACGUAGCGGUGUGGUGGUUUUUGUUAUUAAGAACCCCGGAGAGAAAGACCUGGGCCGUUAUGAAUGUGAUCUCUCGAACCGGCUUGGCAGUGCGAGGUGUGGGGCAGAGCUGGUUCUUCCUACAGUUGCAAUGGCAGGAAGAGAGCAGGCCAUCUCUAUUGAAGUUACCGAACAAGAAACUAAAGUACCAAAGAAAACCAUAAUCAUAGAGGAGACCAUCACCACUGUGGUAAAGAACACACGAAUGAAGCGCCAUGCCUCUCCCCGCACAUCCUCCAUGGGAGUUUAUCGCUCUGAAACCUCCACCCCUGAACCCCAACGACAGAGAAGAACACUGGCAAGAAAAACCGUCCCCACUCUGUAUGUGACAGAACCUGAGGGCGCCACAGCCAGAAACCCCAAAUGGGUCGAGGUGGAAGAGAUUAUUGAGUAUAAAGUGAACAAGUCACCAAAGCUGCCGAGGAGAAGAGGUGCUUCCCCCAGCAAGAGGCAACCCCCUGAUAACCCUAACAUUAACAACUCUAACAACAAGUUAGUAGAGGCAAUGGAAAUGUCUGGAGCUGGCAUGGACUCGCAAAAUCUCUCUUGGAACAAUGAGGCAGCAAACGAGUCAGAAGCUGAAAAUGUGGGUUCUGCAGAAGUGGAAGUUGUGGAAUUUGAUCAGCCAUGCCUCUUGACAGAAAUAGACACUGACUCCGAUGAUAAUCAGGCAGCUGGGUUUGAGAACCACAGUAAUGAUCCCUUAGAUGGUGGGAAUAAAGUGUUCACCCUGGAAGACCUGGAGGAUUAUGUUCCUAAAGAGGGUGAGACAUUUGGUUGUGAAGAUUCAAACGUACCUCCAGAGAAACCGUGUGAAAUUUCUGUUCUGCAAAGAGAAAUUAAUGAACCUACCGUAGGGCAACCUGUCCUGCUAAAUCUGGGCCGUCCACUAGCAACACCAAAAGUGCGUCCAGGGUUCUUCAGUCGAUUUAAAGAGCACUUCUCUAAUGCCUUUACUGACCCAUCUUCAGCUGGGUCAAGCAGAGAGAAGAUAAUACCAAUUCGUGUCAGUGGACUCUCUUACAGCCAGUCUACCUCCAUUCCCGGUCACAGGAAGGUGGAAGUAACUCGUACGUACUGUUCUGAGGUUCAGCGAGGGACAGCUGGUGGUCAACAGAGCUUCAAAGCCCAAAUCUCUGCACCAGUCGGACAACCGGUAACCGUUUCGAUCCCCAAGAUGAGCCAGUCUGGAAAGCCAUAACCAAGAAGAAACUAGUCAAAAAUGUUGAAAAGGAACCCAUGUACCCAGUCUUGUCUUAAAGCCCCUGUCAGCUUUUACAAAAAAUUUUCUUCCUUCUAGCUAUAGAUUCCAUAGUCAAUUUUUUUGUCUACAAAAGAAAGAACAUUAGUUCCUUACUUCAUGGCUGUUUCAAAUCAGACAGGAGCGUAUAGGAGAAAGGUGACCUCAGGUAACACUGUCUACCAAUGUGAAUAAAAUGAUUUUUCGCUUACUGUGUAUUUUACAUACACUAUUUUGCACACACUAUGUUUUUUUUUCUACCCCAAAGUUUUCCCUAAUAUGUUUUGUUUAAAUCUUCCUAAUCCUAUUUAUCACAAAACAACAUGAACGAUUUUGGUAACAUUAUCAGAUAGCAAGAAUCAUGGAAUGGAUUUAUGACUGCAUGUUUCUAAAACGAUGAAGCUUUAACAUCGUUUUGAAGAAGUAGGUGGCCAACACUUUUCUAGGUAACAAUUUUAUUAAGUUUAUUAAGUAAGUUUAUUAGGAACAAUACAUUUAAUAAAUAAUUCCCUCUCUUUGAACAGAAAACAGUGUGCAAAAUAAAGUUUUGCUUGUACGCAGUCAAUGAAGUGCUGAUAUAAAUUUUCAUCAGAUUGAAACAUUUAGUAAAGAUAAUGUACAUUUUUCUUGUAUUUUGAAUAAAAUGUUAAACUAUUGUUUAACUUUGAUUGCUGGGGGAAAAAAUUAACAUUAAAAAAUACUUUUGCUUUGCUUUGCCUUUUGAGGUAAUUCUGGCAUAGUCUUCAUUUAUUAAUAUAGCUAAGUAACGUCCAUGUUUGAUGGAGGCUUCUAAGUAAAACAUAUCGUUUAAAUCUUGAGCAAAAAUGCAAAUGGGAUCAUUCCAUAUUUUACAGAAGGUCCCGAAAAGCCCUCGCAUAGGGCAACUAGGGGCUACAAUGGCAUAAGGCUUGAAGUUUUAAGCUUGAGGCUUGUAUUUUUAAUGAUUGAUACACAAGAAAGUUGGAUGUUUAGCAUGUCCUAACAUAUUAUACCAAAGUACCUGCAAUAAUAAGCAUCCUUAAUAUUACCAUGAAUGCUUUGUUUGAAAGAAAAUGUACAUGACAAGACCUACAGUGCUAACCAGUGUGAAUGCUGAUACCUGAUACACUUGUAGUAGCACCACACACAUCAGGGUUGCAAUAUUAUCCUGUUUGCAUGUAAUCGUAUGCACCUGUGCAAUACGUGUUCUUGAUCAACUUGUGAUUCAAUAAGUUCUGUUUAACUGUAGUGUGUUCUUGGAAAUGGUUUAUGCUCUGAAAUAUACUAACAAGUUCAGCAGUGUGUAAUCUGUACACUGUUUUACAGUGCAUGUCUUUACCAUGUCUCAAAUGCAGUACUGUAUCGUAUUUAUGAAUAUAUGUAAAUGUAUUCGCGUGUGGUGUCCUCUGUUGUUGCAGCAGAGACUUUUAUUUAGCUUAAAAAAAUAUAUUUUGGCAUGAGUUAUUUCUAUAAAUUGAGAAAUUCUACAGUAGUAUCUAUCCUCUAAAGUCUGUUUUAAAGUGCACUAGAUGAUGGAAUUGUGUUUACACGUUGGUUGGUGUGUGUUAGUGAAAAUGUUAAGACACCUAGUGUAAAUGACUGUAAAUGAGAUACUCAAAUUCAUAAUAAAAAAUCGUGUGUCCUGCUAAGUAUAACUAAAUUAAAUUGUAUUUCUCCUUUGGUACAGUCAA